AAAUUGAGCAAAAUUUCCUUCUGAUUUACAAUUCCCAUUUUAUAUUCUGUUUUCGUUUUGUUUUGUUUUGCUUAUUUGAAAAUAAAAAAUGUCAUUAAAAAUUUUAUUCAAUCCAUGUGAUGGUCUUGGCCAUAUAAAUGCUUGUAUUGGUUUAGCGCAAGCAUUACAAUUGCGUGGACAUCGAAUAUAUUUUUUUACCAAUAAACAAAUGGCCGGUCAAUAUCGCGAUCGCUAUGGUUUUGAAGAAUUUAUUCUUCACAACAGCAACAACGAAUCAAUCGAUACGAAUGAAUCGGCGACGGAUGAUGAUAAUGAUCAUCCGAUCAAAAAUAAUAAAUUAAUGAAUGUUAUUAUUGAAUCCGGUUUAUUAUCGGAUAUGUCACCGUUUGAAAAAUUAGAUCUUUAUGAUCAUAAUAAAAAUCCAAAUAUAUUUGCGCGAACAAUGUCUGAACAAAUUCUUAAUGUUCAUGAACAAAUGUUGAAUAUUAUUGAUAAAUUACAACCGGAUUUAAUUAUUGUCGAUUCAAUGAUUGUUGCACCAUGUAUUUUAUAUGGAUCUUAUUGUUGGGCAUUUUCUUGGAGUGCCAAUCCUAUUCUAUUAUAUCGAUCUGAUCAUAUACCACCAAUGAUGUCUGGAUAUCCAUCCGAUAAUCAAAAUGGAUGGUCAGAAUUUCGUGAAAAAUUCAAUAAAACAUUCAUAUCAUCUAUUUGUUAUUAUCAGAAUUGGUUAAACGAACAACUUGGUUAUGAUAAAAUGAUUGAAAAUUCGAAUGAUUUACCAUUUAUUUCACCAUAUCUAAAUAUUUAUGGUUAUCCAAAAGAACUUGAUUACAAUAAAAUGGCCAAUUUACCUGAUCAUUUUAUUCGUAUCGAUGCAUUUUGUCGACAAUCAUCAUCAUCAUCAUCUGAUUCAUCAUUUGAAUUACCUGAAAAAUUUCAACGAAAAAAUCUUAAAUCAAAUGUUCGAUUAAUUUAUGUAUCAAUGGGUUCAUUUGGUAGUGCUAAUGUCGUAUUAAUGAAACGUUUAAUAGAUGCUUUAGCAGCUAAUUCAUUACAUAAAUUUAUUAUAUCUACUGGACUAUAUCACCAACAAAUUCGGCUUGCCGAAAAUCAAUGGGGACAACCAUAUUUACCACAAACACAGAUUUUACCAUUAAUCGAUUUAGUUAUUACACAUGGUGGUAAUAAUACUGUUACAGAAACAUUAAUGGCAGGUAAACCAAUGAUCAUUAUGCCAUUAUAUACUGAUCAAUAUGAUAAUGCACAACGUAUUCAAGAAUGUGGUUAUGGCCAACGUAUUGAUACGCAUCGAUUUACAUCAUCCGAAAUGAAUACAAUGAUUGAUCAAAUUCUUAAUGAUAUUGAAAUGCUAAAACGAUGUGAACAAACUGGAAUACGUAUUCGACAAUCCGAAACGAAAUUAGAAGCUUGUAAAAGAAUUGAAAAAUUAUGUUUGAAAGAAACCAAAGAAAAAGAUUAAAAACUUUUCUUUCUUCUUUUUUUCUGGUUGACCAAAAUUUGAAUCGAACAAAACCUGAUUGCAAAACGAUGGAAACCAAAAACUUUGGCCAGAAAAAAAACCAAAACCAAAAUAAAUCCCAUAGAUUAACAUUGGCCACAUUGGUGGUUAAAUUUUCUACGGAAAAAAGUUUUCCCGAAACAUUUUUCCAGAAAAAAAACCAAAAAUAAAAACAAAGCAAAAAAA